AUGUGCAGUGGUCGUCACAUACCCGACAGUGACUUGGACGGUCAAAAUGAUGGUAUGGCCCACUCAGAUAAAGGACACCCAGCUGCAAAGCAAGGCAAGCCUAUUGCAAAAACCAUGACUAAAGGGCAAGACUGCCCAAAAGACCACCAAUCUCCCAGAAUCCAUGCUGAGGCUGCUCCUGCUCCAUCGGCAUCAACUCAUCAUGGGCCCAGCGACAUUGGCAAAAUAAGGCAACCACACAUGUGUAGGAAUGAACGUGAGGGUGCAGCUGAGGAAGCAAAUGAAGAGGAUGAUGAUGAGGAUGAGGAUGAGGGUGACUGUGAGGAUGAGGUGCAUGACAAUGAUGAGGGUGAUAGUGGCAAGGAUGAUGAUGGCAAGGACAACAGCAAGAAUGAUGGCAAGGACAACAGCAAGGACGAUAUCAAGGAUAGCGAUGAGGACGAUGACAAGCACAACAUCGAGGAUGGUGAUGAGGACAAUGGCAAGCACAACACCGAAAAUGCCAGCAGCAAGAAUGGUGGCAAUGACGAUGGCAAGGAUGAUGCAGAGAACCUUCUUAAGCACGAGUCAUGGGAUGAGGCUGAGAGGGAGGGCGACCAUGAGCUUGGAAUGGAUGGUGACCAAGUACGUCACGUUAAGAAUAUGAAUGCAGCAAAACGUAAUCAGAGACUUAUCGCAUCGAGACACAAAGGAGUCACAUGGGAGUCGUUCGCUAGUGAUGAUGGUGCAGACAACAAAAUAGAUGACGAAGACCCUGUGCUCUCUGACACCUCAGGCAGCAACUUCAGCAAGACUUGCAGGGUGGCAUUGAAGAAGCGAGCUCAGCUGAUGCACAAGAAUCUGGACGAAGCUCUGGAUACUGAUGAAGAAGAUUGCGAGAUUGAUGCAGAGCUUGAAGAUGAGCUGCAGGCUAGCUGUGAAAGUGAAGAAGGCCCAGAUUCACAUCCUGCUGAUACAUAUCAAGAGAAAGGCAAAUCUCAUGCAGAUUUGAGUGACUACGCCAAUGCGGAUGAUGAUGCCAUCUUCAGUGAGGAUGACGAGGGGCUAGGGAGUGCCAUCUCUGAUGCUGAUGGUGAUGAUGAUGAUGACAGUGAUGGCAUUGGUGAUGGGCCAGAAAAGACAGAGAAGUGGGCAAAGACACUGGGGCCAUUCUCCAAGGCCACCAAAGAGCUAGCAGAAGAUCUGGGUCACUGUGUUAUGACUGAAGCUGAAGACAUCACCUGCCAAUUUGGCAAGGGCACACAUGAUGUGUUGAUCCAUGCAAAUCUCGGCAUCAAGGCAUCUCGCAUACCGAAUCACUUCAACAUGUUCCAUACGUGGUACUCAGACCACCAUCCAUUUGCUCAGGCUGGCAACGAUAACAACAUGAUGGACAAAGCCUAUCGUAAACUUUGUGAGAGCAUCAAGGGUGAUGACAAUGCUCGCGAAUGCACCUUCAAGCUGAUAUUCGACUACUGCAACAAUUUGAAAAAGGACUUCACUCAUGCCAUCCACUCUGUGAAGUCUACAACAGCCAGGAUGAUCUGUGUGCAUAAGCAGUUCACGAACCUAGCUGGAACCUACCACAACCUCGAGAAUAUGGAGAUUAUUGGGGUCAUCAUACACACUGGUACUGACACUGUGGCUCGACAGCUUUUCACCCUCUUUGGUGGCUCACAAUAUGUCAUGAGCUUGAUUGAGAAGAACAAGAUCAAUGUGGUGAAGCUCUUAGAUGACCUUACAACUGCGGUCAAAAAUGUCAAACUAGGCCAAGGUUGCACCAACAUUUUGUUCGUAGGUGGUCCCGGUAUCAAUGUGGAGAGCACCGCAAAAGAGUCACCUCGUGACCGUCAUCGCCAUAUUUUGAUGUCAAUCAUGCAAGGGUCCCUCAGUCUAUAUUCUGACAUGAAGAACCUGCAGCACGUUCCAUGGAAGAACUGGCUGAAUUUCACGUACAAGCACAAUCUCACUAUGUUUGAAUUCAAAUCUCUCAACACUGAAGAGCUCAGAAAGCUUGUGAAGGGCUUUCUGCAGAGAGAGAAGAGCGGAGCAACCUCGCUACCAAUCCCUCACGUCAAGAGGUGGAGUAAAAGUGACCUCGAAAUGUCUGAUGACAACCUUGGCAAAGAUGACAUUCCCCUAGUCAUCAGUCCAACAGGCACUAAGCACAAGACUCUUUCUGAUGUGAUCACUGUCAAAAGUGAGAAUGAGCACCUGUCCUCAUCGUCACCCCGUCUGCACAUUCCAACUACUCACCUGACUCGCAUCAUCACCAUCAAGAGCGAUGACGAGUCGCCGUCACCAUUGCUGCAUUGCUGUGAUGUGCCCACUGCCGUGCCUCAUAUGGCCAAUAUGCAUAUUGAUGUCAAACCUCAUGAAGCAGAUGAGGCUGUCAGAGCCUCACAUCCUCCUUCUUCAAAGAAGAAGAAGAAGAAUGGUGCAUGCCUCACACCAAGUGAGGCCGUGAAGGCCAAGAUUAUCCACUAUGACAUGGGGACAUCCACAUGCUCAAUACUCAGCUGCAACCUCACCCUCGCUACAGGCAGCCGAUGGGGAUGCAAGGUUUCGUCCCUCCCUAUGGGUACUCAUCCAGGGCCAACAUGUUCACAAAUGCUUAUGCAAGGCAAUGCCAUUGCAGAUUCAAGCUGUGCACAUGACAACAUUAGCUAUCCUCGCUACAACAACUACCUUUUUGACCCGGAGCAUGAAGAUUAUCUUUCAUCUAACUUUGAGGAAUGCAGGCACACAGGGAAUAAGUGA